AAGAAAAAGGACAAGAAAAGGCAAAGUCUAGUGGUUCAUGGGAGUAACGUUAAAAAAGAGAGUUGACCCUCUAAAAUAGCCUCCUCCAAAAAGCUCAGAGUCGCACCGCAAAAAUCCUAAGCAUUGCUUCAGCACCACACUCGACCUCAGACACACUCAGAGGAAAGCCUGCACUUUCUGCCUUACCUUAUUGGGCUAAAAUGCAUUACUAAUAUUCACCACGUUUUUUUUUUGUUUGGUUGGUUUUUUUGAAUAGCAUAUUUUUAUAAUGACUUUCUGCAUAAUUCGUGUGAAUUUGUUUUCAAGGAAUUUAUUUACCUGUAGACUGUCUGUCUUAAAGAAAAGAUGCAAACUGUAAUUUGGUGAGAUUGUAUAUAUAUAUAAAUGAUUUAUUCAGGCUUUUGAACCCAAUCUAAACUGAUGCACGACUGCUAUGUGUGUGUGCGGAGCAACGUGAUGCAUCGCAGUGCGCGUUAAAGCAGAUAAAACCUGCACGUGAGCGCGGCGUGUGACAGUCACCAGGUGCAGGAGGCACGCAGCGCAGCUACAGGACUAUACACACAGAGCAGCAGGACAAACCGAGACUCCAGCACCGAGUCCAGAACGGAUUUUUUUUUUUACAGCCAUGUGGUUCAUCAAUAUCGCGCUGAUUAUACUGAAGUUAUCGGUUUCGGCUGAGGGCUUUUCGACAUGCCACUCUUAUGACCUGGACGAUCAUAAGUCAAAGAGGAUAGAGGCGGUGCGCGGGCAGAUCCUAAGCAAACUACGCAUCCGAUCACCACCGGACCCCGUAGCAACCCCGCAGCCGGAGUCGGUGCCCUUCGAGGUCAUGCUGCUUUAUAACAGCACCAAAGAUCUGCUGAAGGAGCGCGCGCGCCACGCGGAGUCCGCCUGCGAGCGCGAGAGCAGCGAGGAAGAUUAUUACGCCAAAGAGGUGCAGCGUGUGGACCUGCUUCCUCAGCGCGCUGACUCCAAUGUGAUAAACACAGUGCCUCAGAGUCCAUACUUCAGAGUGGUGAAGUUUGACGUCACCAAUGUAGACAGGAAUUCUAGCACACUUGUCAAGGCAGAGUUUCGCAUAUACAGGGUGCAGAAUACACAUGCGCGAGCCAUGGAGCAGCGAGUGGAAAUUUACCAGAUUUUGAAAUCUGAUGAUAUUACAGGUUCACCUCAUAGGUAUAUAGAUUCGAGAACUGUACAGCCUCGAGCCAAGGCAGCAUGGAUCUCUGUUGAUGUCACUGAGACUGUGAAAGAGUGGAUGGCUUACAAAGAGAAGAACUUGGGCCUAAUGCUCAGUGUCCAUUGUCCAUGCUGCACAUUUGUUCCAUCCACAAACAAUAUUGUGCCCAACAAAAGUGAGGAGUUGGAAGCUCGUUUUGCAGGUGUUGAUGAUGACCUGAUUCGCCCUAACAGGAGGCCAGGUGGGACUAAAGGUGCGAUAGAGUUCAGUACUAAAACGCCGCACCUCAUACUGACCCUGCUGCCCACAGACCGCUUGGAAAACCCCAACAAAAAGAACCGUAAGAAGAGGGCAGCUGCUGACGCUGCGACAUGCUCCAGGAACGCAGAUCAAAGCUGUUGUUUAAGGUCACUGUACAUCGACUUCCGUCGGGACCUAAACUGGAAAUGGAUCCAUGAACCAAAAGGAUACAAAGCAAAUUUCUGUGCUGGCAACUGCCCCUACUUGUGGAGUGCAGACAAUCACUAUAAUAUGAUUUUGCCACUUUAUAACAAAAUGAAUCCUGAGGCCUCAGCGUCUCCCUGCUGUGUGCCUCAGGACCUGGAGCCUCUCACUAUCGUUUAUUUCCUCGGUCGGACUCCACGGGUGGAGCAGCUCUCAAACAUGGUGGUCAAAUCCUGCAAAUGCCGCUGACUGCUGGAAGUACGAGAGUAGACAUGCUGAAGAGAUAGAGCGCACAGGGGAGGAUGCAGGAGACACAGCAGAGUAUGGACAAUAUCUGUGGACAGUCAGAAGACCAAGUGAAUACAUCUCAGAUGAUGGUGCGCAUGUUUUCUUUUUCUCAGGUUUCACUCAUUUGGAGUUGAUUCAGAGAAGUUGCACAGCAUUAAUUGAUAACUGCAAAUAAUCUUCACCAAAUGAAACUGUUUCAGGUACAUAAUGCCAUUCAGUCUUAUUGUCCUUCAUGUUUCAAACCGUUUUUCUGUCAUAGUGUUUUAGUUUAAUCCUUUAAUAAAAAGAAAGUAUUUAAGAGAUGGUAGUCAAAGAACCACCAGGCUUUAGUGUUGAUCUAGUUGUGCAAGAGCAGUUUACUGUAGAACUGUAGAGCAGUUUGUUUGAGUUUGUUUUUGUUUUUUUUUUUGUAUUUUUGAUUACACAAAGUGUACAUAUUUUUCCAGACAGGUAAGGGUUUUUAUAUGUUUAUAUACCAAAUAAAAUUUAUUACAUGA